CAUAACAACACUAAUCAUCAAACACUCAAAAGUAUAGAGAGUUAAAAGAUAAACAAUGACUUAUUCAAGAUUUAUUUUCUUUGCUUUUCUUGCUCUUUCUGUUUUACUUGCAGGUGUUAAAUCCACAGAAACGGUGAGUGAAGAUUCAAUUUGGUCUUCCAACAAAGGAGGUUCAUUGUGUUGCAAUGAUCACCCCAAGUUUGGAGUAUGUACUGAUGAUGCAAAAUGCAGCAAUUGGUGUCGUCAAGGCUGCGACAAUGGGAAAGGUGGCUUUUGUAAGAAAAGUCUUUGUCACUGCUUUUGCUAAAUUCAUCGAAAUAUUAAAGUAUACGCUCUUUAAUAUGUACUACGGAUAAUAAUACAUGUUGUUUUACUAUUUCACAUUUCGAGCAGCUGAGUUGUUAAUGAUAUUUUCAAAUAAUAUGAGUUAUGAAUUGAUCAAUGCGUACAAAAAACCAUAUUUGCACUAUGAAUUUGUAGAAAACACCAAUAUACCAG